GAACAGCAAUCCCAAACGGCGCGAUGUCUCGUGGAAAUUUUAUUAGGUGACACUAAAACGACGCGUGUAAGCAACCCACCGUUACCCCACCAAAAUUCGAAUCCGGUCUUUAUAAGAACGUAAAGCCGUGAUUUUUUUUCUGAAAUGUCAAACAAUGCGUUUGUUGUUAAGCAGCAGCAUAGUCAAUCUCUGCUGGCUGGCGGUACAAGCAUCCGGGUCUCCGAUGAAGGGUCUUUUACAUACGAACGUGUAGAUGACGAUCAUCAAAUGUAUAAACAUUAUGAAGGAACCGCGAAGAAACGUUCAAACGAUAAUGAAAGUCCGAAGAAAAGGAAAAAUCUCCUGCAUUUCCGUGAUAUGCCACCUCAUCUACAGUUUAAUCCAUAUAUCUUCACAGGAUACCGACCCUUACUGACCUUCUGGGGAAGCAUCAACAGCCUCUUUUAUCUUCACAACGAAACCAUCAACAUCUUAACACACGGCAUUCCAAUCGUGUACAUCCUGGUAACUGUACCAGGUUUGAUGCCAUGGGAACAUAUUGAAUCACGCUUCCUCCCAUGGUGCCAUAUUAUUGGUGCUGUUAGUCCAUGGAUUGGCAGCUUUGUUUAUCACUUGUUCAUGAAUUUGGAGCGUGGAGAGGUUGUCUACUAUAAACUACUGCAACUUGACAUGCUCGGAAUAUGGAUCAGCCAGAGCUUUGGCGCGCUGCCCAUGGUGUACGCCUCUGUGUUCUGCCUGUCCUGGGUAUGCCGAUGGCUCAUCCUCUCUUCCUAUUGUCUGCUCUCCAUGUGGGGUCUCUACAAGGCUCUCACAGCAUGGUCACCAUGGGAACGUAGGCUGUGUUUCCUUUUGCCUUUUGUGAUGCGUGUCCUGCUGUGUGGUUUACGUUAUUCUCCUUUAGGGGGUGGUGACCCUGCCUCAUUGGUUCAUGUUAUACUGCAGGAUGCAGUGUCUGCACUAGGUGGUGCCAUAGGUGCCAUGCACAUUCCUGAGAAGUGGUUCCCAGGCACGGUGGAUAUGUAUCUCAACUCCCAUAACAUCAUGCAUGUUCUGGUGGUGAUGGCUGUGUAUUCUAUGCACCAGGCCACAGUCCGAGAUUUGUUGUGGAUGGCACAUGUCGACUGCAGAACAGGGCAUCAACCCACAGACACAUUUGGUGGUUUGCAAGAUGCAGCAGAGCUAUGAUUUGUGACAUUUCAAUUGCAUGUGUGCCGGUGGACAGAGCUCACACCUAACAAUCAUCUUGUUCUCUAUUUUCUUCAUGCACUAUUUUCGCUUCUAUUGUUAAAGAUACUGGUAGUUAAAGAAGAAGUCAUCACAUUUGAAGUCACCUACACACACACACACACACACAUGCAAAAUAAGAGUACAAGCUGUGUAGCUCUGGCCACAAUUCAUAUUCUUCCACUUGUUUUAACAUUAAUACUUUAUUUCAUAACUUGAUGCAUUUGUCCAUAACAUCCUUGUACACACUUUGAGCACUGGGUAAUGUAUCAGAUUUGUAGGCACUCACUAUUUCAAAAGAAUCAGCAGUGCAAAAGGACUGGAAUGUGUUGCACAUACUGACAAGGAAUGUUGGAUCUGGUCUCAUCAAAUUUCCAGUCCUCAUUUCUUAAGCCUUCUGCCAGAUUCAUGCUGUAAGCAAGGCUCACUGUCUUCCACUAUAGACAAUGUCCACUGUCUUCUAUAUUGCUAUAACUUCCUUAUUCAGCACCUUCUACAAAUAAUUCACUAUUCACAAGCUCCUUAGUCAUUCCAAUCUACCACACACCAACUGAACUGCUAACACACAAUUAAUAAUAAAAUACAAGAUUUAGAAGGUGAUAGUGUUACAGUAUAAGAAUAGGAAUAGAAUGUCAUAUUUCAAAUACCUUAAAAUAAUUAAUGAACUUAUUUGAAUUAGUGGAAACAUUUUACAAUUAAAAUAAAAUGAUUACAUCUCCUUUAUCAGAAAUUCCUAGACUGCAUUGCAUUAUACAUAUAUUAAUAACUAUUAAUGGUAAAAUUACAUAUAUGAUUACUCUGAAUAUAAUAACUAUGUAGUGCUAAUGAGUGCUCGAAAUGGAGAUAUUAACAUGACAUAUACACACAAAUAUUCAUAUAUUUUAAAAUUUUAUUCUCACUUUGUCUACUAUAAUUCUAUCCAAAUAAGAAACUGCAUAUUUUCAAUUAUAUCAGGAAUGAUGAUAUGCCUUGUAGGCUGAUACAAGUACACAUUGCCAAUUUGAGCACUGGAAUUUACAGAAAUUCCAUUGUUUUGGCUAUAAUGAUGAUGAAUAUAAACAAUCAUCACUUAGACAACCUAUUUUUUAAAGUACUUGGAGCAAUAUAAUGAAAAGGGAACUUUGCCUGGUAUCAAUUGAUAAUAGGAUUCUAUUUUCUGAUGCACACUGUAAUAAACAGUAAAAGUAAAAAAGUAAAGCUCUU